UCAAAAGAAAGAAACCUUGGCUGCAUUUUGUCUCUGUUUACACAUAUAUACAUACAUAUAUUGUGUCUGUAAAGUAUUGGACUUUCAAAUAUGUCUGGUGGAUCCCUUGGAGAUCUUGGAGAUAGUGAGAAGAAUGUCUUUUCAUCUAGUCAUUGUCGUUUCUUCAAGAUAUUUCUUGAAGAGAUUCUUGGAGAGAGCAAGCUUCAUAUUCCCAAAAAGUUCACAAGAAAAUACGGUGAAACGUUAUCCAAUUCGGUGUUGGUUAAGCUUCCAUGUGGUUCGAAAUGGAAAAUGGAGUUGACAAAGAAAGAUGAGAAUAUUUGGUUUGAGAAGGGUUGGCUAGAUUUUGCAAAGCAUUAUGCUAUAAAAAGAGGGAGUAUGAUAAGUUUUGAAUAUGAAGGAAAUUCAGAAUUUAGUGUUGUUAUAUUUGAUUUAAGUACAGUUGAGAUCGACUAUCCAACUAUUCCUACCAAUUUGGUUGGGACUAAUAUUGAUAGUGAGCUUAAAAUCCCCAAGAGGGAAGUUGUUGAGGAGGAUUCUAUUGAAACCUUGGAUGUAUAUUCUUCACCAUGUUCUCAGCCUCACAAGAAAAUGAGGACUCAAAGCAAUCUAUCUUGUCGAAAACUUGAGUCAGAAACAAAAGGGAAACACAACUUGCAUCAUGCACCCACACCGCCGACGUGUGAUAUUCUUAGACAAAUGAAGCCAUCAAGUGGAAGAGAUGAAGUUGAAGCUCUUCAAAAGGCUGGAUAUUUCAAAUCUAGUCGACCAUUUUUCAAGGUUGUCAUGCAGCCAUACUAUGUUCAUGGUCACCUAAUGAAUAUUCCAGGCAGCUUUGCAAAGAAAUAUAUAGGAACUACAUGUAGUAAUGCAAUACUUAAACUCUCAAAUGGGUGUGGGAGGACUUGGUCUGUGCAAUAUAAGUUUGGAGUGUAUAAUAAAGGAAUAUCAUCCAGAUUCCAGGCAAGUUGGCGAGCAUUUGUUCAGGACAAUAAUCUAAGAGUAGGCGAUGUUUGUGUAUUUGUUAUGCUUGAGGACAUAAAUUUAACAUUUGAAGUUGUAAUUUUCCGAGCUGGUAGAAACUCAAAAACCUUUAUGUCCCCAGAGCUCAAGGACGCCAUGGAUGAUGAAACUGUCAUGGGUAGCUCUCUUGACAAUUUAUCUAUGAAACAAGCGCAUAGACUUGGUAAGAAGCCACCAAAAAAGCAACGACUACACUUUUCAGUGAUGGAAAAAGCUAAGCUCCUUGAUAGGGUUCAAUUUAAAUCUGAAAAUCCUUUUUUCAAGAUUGUUAUACAACCAUCAUAUGUUACUUCAAGAGAGAAUUUGAAUGUACCAUCGAAAUUUGCUAUGAAACACCUUAAGGAGGGUGGUGCUGCCAUUCUUUCAAUUUCGAACGGUGGAUCUUGGCCUAUUCAAUUUCAAAUGAGGCACGUGAAUACUAGGGGGGGAAUGAGAGUUGAGUGCAGAUGUGGUUGGAAAGAAUUUGCGAGGGACAAUGAUUUGAAAGUUGGCGAUCUCUGCAUUUUCGAGCUUCUUAAUAAAUCUGAUAAUUUGUUUAGAGUUUCCAUUGUCCGUGCUGCUGAUGAUUCAUACCACCAAAAGUCUCAAGCUGGUGCAACCAAGCCAAAAGUUGAAGUGGGAGAAGAAGUUACUGAGUUUUUCUGAAUUAGCUGCUCUCUACUACUGAGCUAAAUAUGCCUGCAUAAUCAAGAUUUUUAAUAGAGAGUUUAUGUUUAUUGGGUCUCAUUUUUAGUUUAUUUUGGGGUAAUUUCAAACUCUUUAAACACUUGAGUUUGAGAUUCUCUUAAUCACAACCCCUCUCAACUAAAGUUUUACCAGGUAAACCUCUUACGUUUGUAUGAACAAGUUCUAGUGUUUAGUUUGGAUUUUGUUUUCCUCUUGUAGAGAACCAUUUAUUAUUAAGUAAAUGUUUGUCGUUUGUAGUGUGA